GAUCCACCCACUCCUGGCGAAGGGGGCUGUCCGUGUUGGUGGGGAUGAUCGUGAGUAAGGCCCACUGUAGUGAUCAUUAGAGAUAUAUCUCUGCCCUUAAAAGACGGCAGUUGGACUCCACGGUGCGACACAAUCACGAAGGAAACAAGUCGAGGCUGUUUGUAGAUAGUUGCUUCGCCAAGAUGGACGUGUUCAUGAAGGGUUUGUCCAAAGCCAAGGAGGGCGUGGCUGUGGCCGCCGAGAAGACCAAGGAAGGAGUCGCGGUCGCCGCCGAGAAGACUAAAGAAGGCGUUAUGUUCGUAGGUAACAAGGCCAAAGACAGUGUGGGCUCAGUGGCUGAGAAGACCACAGGAGCGAUGGGAAACAUUGCAGCUGCAACCGGCCUGAUGAAGAAGGACGACUUCCCGUCCGACAUGAACCCUGAGGAAUACGGGCAGGAGGCCACGGAGGGCCAGUCAGAGGGAAUGCUGGAGCCAGAGGGAGAGUCAUAUGAUGACACCCAGCAGGAGAGCCAAGACUACGAGCCAGAAGCAUAAAAUCACCAGUGCGAGCCACCAUUCAACCAGCAGCACAAUAAUAUUUCUAAUAAUAAAAAGGACAAACGUUAUUCCAAUUAUUCUCCUGUUGCAAAACAAAAACAUUACAACAACAAAAAAAAUCCCCACCGAAAAACAUGUUCUUCCUUCGAGACAAAUCUUUUAUGAUUAUAUAUUGUAAAUGUUCUCAAUGUAGUGUGUUGGAUGUCGGUAUUUAUUGAGCCGUAGGGUUGUCCUCACUGUCUCAUUUCCUUGACUCCCUCCCAAUGAAAUGAGACCAGACGCAGGGCUUGUGAAAGUGUACUUUGUGUGUGUCUGUAUUUAGAAACGUGCAAUAGAUGUUCAUCAACUUCCAAUGAGACAUUGGGAGCAGAAAAAAGUAAAAAGUCCAAGUUGCAAGCAGAUAUUAAUACACUGAUAUCCUCUUUUAAAUGUUGACAAUGCCUGUUUGUGGGGUUCUUUUUUUUGUUCUUUUUACAAUUUCUUUUUGGAAAUGAUUUGAAUGUUUUUGAAGUAAGAGGUUUUUUUUGUUUUUUUACUUUGUAUCUUUCUAGUUGCUUGUGAAAAUCACUUCAGUGACCUAUCUGUUGGACAUGGGCAGUAUACAUGUUUUUUGUGUGAGCGUGUUUGUGUGUACUGACAAUUUGAACAGCAUAAAGUCAAUAUAUUAUGUCUUGAAAUCAUAAUGGUUGUCAUAUCAAAAAAAUGUGCUUUAAAUUGCAGGACUUGUCAAUAAAACGGUUUAUGUGUUAAGCCAGACAUGCAAAUCUUCUGUAAAUAAAAGUUACAAAAGAAAAUGUUGCUGUUUAUUUCGAUGCUGUCAAAUGGUUAUUUAUUUUCAAAUCGGAUUUAUUUUGAAUUUGGAUUUCAGGCAUCAUUUGAAUUGAUAAAAAAAAGAGUCCAAUAUUUGGACACAUGCUAUUUUAUUGUCAGACUAUCACAUACUUGCCAACCUUGAG